AAUGGACUUCUGAGAUCUUUUGUGGUUCAUACAGACAACACUACAACAACAGAAACGAUUGUCAAAUGCCAAAUCCAUCACUCGUCUAUCCGCAGGCGCACCAGUUACAAAUUUCAAUUAAAAACAUGGCUAAGUAAGGCAUUUUCAAAACAUUCCAACGUGUCUCACUAAAAUCCUCAGCACCAUGAGUUUAUUGCACAAAGAUAUCUGGCGUAACGAGGCAAGUUAGCCAUGCAGAUUUUGUUUACAAUUUCCACAGUAACGUUUAUUCAAUUUUCUUAAUAAUUGUCGAUUUGUUUAGUUUUACCAACUUAAAAGGAUAGAACUAACGCAACUAAAGUGACGUUAUGAAGUGCAUAUGUCAAAUAUGUCGUUGUGGCAAACAUCGCUGUCCACACUACAUGCCAACAAGACCACAAGUUACAAACAAAGGACCAUGUGCUUUAUCAGAAUAUCAAGAGGGUUAUAAGACCAGCAAAGGAGAACGUAUUAUUGUCAAUCGUCCUCAGGAUAACCUUAAGCAUGAUGGUGAUGGAGAUUACAUCACCAGCCAUAAGGAGAACUUUCAUGCUCAUGAGCAUCAACCACGUGUUGAUCACCGACCAACCGAGCAAUACGUUAAAAGAGAAGAGCCGAUGGAUCUGAGUACAGAAUAUGGAACAAAAUACUUAAAAGGGAAGGGAGAAGUCGCUCCUCUUCCGCAAUAUUUUAAAAAGAAAACUCAACCCUUUGGGAAUGAGGAGGAAUUAAAAGGUAAAUCUGUCACGCACGAAGACUAUGAAAAUAAAGGCCUCAACCCGAGGCCACAUCUUUACAAGUUACGUGAUAAUCACACGCUUUCAAAUGCUCCAAUGGACGAAAAGUCGACGCACCAAGCAGAUUAUCAAGGCCUGUAUGGAGAUAGAUCUCACAUUGUGCCAAGGCGAGCUGAUAACUUGGAUGGAAAAGGACCUGGACAGUUUGAAACAACACAUCAUGAACACUUUGUGAAACAUACUCAGAGACCAAGAUCAUCCAAAGGGUGGAAAACUGAAUAUAUACCUAACAACCAACCGUUUUCUGGACAAUCAAUGGUGCAGACGGACUAUAAGCACCACAAAAAUGCGUCGAAAUCACAUCCUGUCAAAUACGACAACGGCCUUUUUAACUCUGAUCAGCAGUUAGACGAUGAAACCACACAUGGUGCCACAUACAAACACUGGCAGGUGCAAAGAAAUGUGGCUAAGCGAGACCAAGACGUAUACAGACCCCCGUCGGCCGCCAUGGAUAUGCAAAAGACAUCAGACGAUUACAAAAAUUUCGGACGGCGUGGCGCGGCAAAAUCAUUACGGCCGAAGACAAAUGUCAAUUUCGGUGAUGAAUUUGACGGCGUCACGUCGUACGCCGAUGGUUACGUCAAACAUCAAAUUUCACCACGACAUAAAACUCAGCGCAGCAGAGAUUACUACUCGUCCAAUGUUCCAUUCGACUCGACAACAGAGAGCAAAGAUAACUACAAAAAACAAAACGUCGCUCCUGCACAGAUGAUAAAACGGGAACAUGAAAUAUUUGAUACAAAGAAACCAUUUGCCAACAAGACGUCCUACGGAGAGCAGUUCGAAUCAAAGAAAUUGCCUGAAUGCCCAAGUUCAAAGAUAGUUAUGAAUAACUUUGCCGGGUAUGAUCUUAUCGAUGACUUUAUCAACGGCCACCGAUUUCUAAUUAAAAAUGGCGAAGUGAGUACAGCAUCGAGCUUUCGUGGAGACACCCCUCCUCUUCCACCAAUCGGAGGUGGAAAAAACACCACAGAAGUUUAUGUCAAAGUGUAAUUUUGUUCACUUGAGUAAUUUGUUGAUAAAAAUUAGCAAAAAUUCAGCAAAAAUAAGUUUAAUCUGCUUUGCAAAACGUCAACAUAGGCUUCUUCCUAAACCAGUUAAUUCGUAUUAUUU